AUGGCCGGCACUAAGCCUACUAGCUGCGCCGACUACCACGUAGCAUGGAUCUGCCCUGUCGCCGACAUUGAGCUUCUGCCUGCGCGCCUGAUGCUUGACGAGGAGUACCCCACCCCGCUGUACGACACGCACUACGAUGAGAACACCUACGUCUGCGGCACUAUCAGCGGCCAUGCAGUCGUCGUCGCAACCUGUCCACCAGGCGAGACGGGCAACGUCAACGCCGGGCGCUUGACGGGGUCGAUGUUCAAGACGUUUCCCAACAUCCGCAUGGCAGUGCUUGUGGGCAUUGGAGGCGGAAUUCCUGGCCUGGCUGUGUCGGAAGACUCCCUCGAGAACGUCCACCUUGGAGACGUGGUGGUAGGAUGGCCGGGCGACGGCAAGCCCGCGUGUGUCUACCAUGAGCGAGGCAGAUGGAAAGUCGACGGACAGUUUGAGAUGGUGGGCACGAUGGGAAACCCAGACUGGAGGCUGACCAACGCGCUCGGCUUCCUUGCGGUGGACUACGAAAUGGGCAAAACGACGUUUGAAGAUCAGCUUGCGAGACUACAGCGGUCCAAAUCAAAGAAGAAGUUCACACGCCCUAGACUCAAACACGACAAACUCUUCAAGACGACGUACCGUCAUGCCGGCGACUAUAGAUCGAAUUGCACAACGUGCGACCCGAGCGAGCUCGUCCAGCGACCCCAACGCAGCGAGGAAGAGCAGCACACGCUCGUGUUCCAUCGAGGGAGGAUUGCCACUGGCAAUGCGGUUAUCCACGAUGGCGAGCUGCGGGACCAGAUCAGGGCUCGAUGCGACGGGGCGCUCUGUGUGGAGAUGGAGGCGGCAGGCGUCGACGCGAACAGACGAUGCCUAGUCAUCCGCGGCAUCUCCAACUAUGCGGACUCGCACAAGAGCGACAUGUGGAGGUCAUACGCGGCUGGCAACGCGGCUGCACCACAGUCCUUUGUCGGCCGCACGACUCAGCUUGCCCAGCUUAGUACACACAUAUCGUUACAAGGGUGCCACCGACUCGCUAUAUAUGGCCUCGGCGGCUGCGGGAAGACAGCCCUUGCUCUCGAGGCGGCUUAUCGGGCGGGAGAGCAGCAGCCUGCGCAUGCCAUCUUCUGGGUACCAGCGGUCAGCCGAGAGAGCUUCGAGCAAGCGUACCGAGAGAUAGGACGAAGGCUGCGCAUACCGGGCAUCACCGGCGCCAAGGCUGACGUGAAGCAGCUCGUCAAGGCGAGACUGAGCGACGAAGGCUUUGGGCAGUGGCUGAUGGUUGUCGACAACGCAGACGACGUCGACGUUCUUUUCGAAGUAGUCGGGGAAGGACGCAGCGGAGACCGGCUAAUUGACUACCUCCCGCACAGCCGCAAAGGCUCCAUCGUGUUUACUACCCGGGCCCGCAAGGCUGCAAUCGACCUGGCUGAGAAUAACGUUAUAGUGCUGGGUGAGCUGAGCGAGAGAGAAGCAUUGGAAAUGGUAAGAACACGCCUGAUUCUCGAACAACAAUAUCAAGUUGAGGAUGAAGUGACGGUCCGCGAGUUUCUGGGCAUGCUCGCCUUCCUUGCUCUUGCGAUCGUCCAGGCAGUAGCGUUUAUCAACCGAAACGAUAGUACGCUUUCUGGCUAUAUUCGACUAUACCGAGCGAGCGAGGAAGAGGCAGGCAAGCUUCUUAGUAAAGAAUUCAAGGACCAAAGCAGAUAUGAAGAGAUUGAGAACGCUAUCGCUACAACGUGGUACAUCUCUUUUGAACAGAUUCAGAAGCAUGACAAAGUAGCUGCAGGCUACUUGUCGUUUAUGGCAUGUACAACAAACAACAACAUACCUCUCUCCAUGUUACCAAUCGAGGGAUCGGAAGUGGAACAGAUUGAGGCGAUAGGGACGUUGAAAGCAUAUACCUUCAUCACUGAGCGACAGCCUCAAGCAGAUAGGCACAAAGCGCAAGAACAGCAGGAACACUCACUGAAAUCAACUGCGGCAUUCAACGUCCACCCCCUAGUGCACCUAGCAAUGCAGGGUUGGCUAAAGGCUCAUGACCAGUGGUUUGGCUGGGCCGAGAGGACAAUGAUGCGGCUAGUAGAGGUUCUCUCUCUUGGCGAAAUUAGAUUAAGAAAGUCCUGGAUGCCAUAUUUGCCACACGCUACAUGUGUCGCGGAUAUUCAUGAAAUCUUAGAGUCGGAAGGUAGAUUAACACUGCUGAAACAGGUGGGACGUUGGGAGCAUGUGCUGGGACGGGAUCGAGCAGCAGAGAAAGCUCACCGGCACGUGCUGAAAAGACAAGAAUCUACGUUAGGAAAGGAGCACGUGGAGAUGCUGGCGAGCAUGAGCAUGCUGGCACAUACACUAUGCGGCCAGGGAAAGUACGCAGAGGCAGAGGUGAUAGAUCGAGAGACGCUGGCACUAAGGGAGAAGGUGUCAGGAAAAGAGCAUCCAGACACGAUAACGAGCAUGAACCACCUGGCACAAGCACUUGGCGGCCAGGGAAAGUACGCAGAGGCCGAGGCGAUGCAUCGAGAGAUGCUGGCACUAAGGGAGAAGGUGCUCGGGCAUGAGCAUCCAGACACCCUGGCGAGCAUGAGCAACUUGGCGCUAGUGCUGGACAAGCAGGGCAAGUACGAAGAGGCCGAGGCGAUGAACCGACAGACGCUGGCGCGGCGAGAGAAUGUGCUGGGGCCUGAGCAUCCAGACACCUUGACGAGCGUGUACUACCUAGCUCAUCUUCUUGCGAAACAGCAUCGCGUCGAUGAGUCUUUACUUCUUUACCAAAGGGCAUCCGCUGGCGUCGACCUGCCUGUUCUCCUAGCACGUUAG